AUGGGGUCAAAACAAGCAGAUGUUCUUAUUAUUGGAGCUGGCCCCGUAGGCUUGUUUACUGCCUUACGCUUAGGCCAGUCGGGAGUAAAGGUAGUGGUCAUUGAGAGAGACCCUGCUGUUCUCCAGUUACCUCGAUCUUGCGGCUACUACCCCAUUGUCCAAUUCGCUUUCCACCACGCCGGAAUUUACAACGCUAUCCUCCAGCGCGGCGGGUUUCUAACCACCGGCAUGGACUUUCGACGGAACCCCACCGACGACGGCAAGGGCGGCAAGAAGGCCGGCGAGCUGGUGGGCGGAAUGCCCACUAAAGAGACGAUCGACACGAAUGGACCGCCUGGUACUGGCACGCUGAACAUGCCGCAACCCAUACUCUGCCAGAUAUUGUUGGAAGAGGUAACGAAGCUGGACGCUGUUAGUGUCUGCUUCGACACGGAGCUUGUGGGGAUCCACGAUGAAGAAGGAAGCCAGUAUGUCACGGCUGAGACCAGGAAUGUUACCACUGGAGACAAGAAGACAUUCUCUGACCAAUACCUAGUGGGUGCAGAUGGAGGGAAAUCCAAGACGAGAGGACUGCUCGGAAUACCAUUCAGCGGACAUACCUGGCCCGAGAAGCUGCUGGCGACAGACGUCUGGCUGAUGAACUACGACGAGAGCCCCAUCACGACCACCUAUCUGCUGGAUCCCGUACACUACACUGUCAUCACACCGCUGACACGACCAGUGACAGGGGAAAAGUCUAUGUGGAGGAUUGCCUUCGCCCUGGACCCGGAUGAGACUAGGAGCAAUGAGGAGCUGCUGUCAGACGAGCACAUAUACUCUCACUAUGACAGAAUUUGGCCUGGGCCGAGGCCCCUGCCGUUCCAGAUCGAAAACCGAACGACAUAUGUUAUUCACCAACGUCUUGCUGCAACGAUGAAGCGGGGCAGAUGCGUCCUUGCCGGGGACGCAGCACAUCUUGUCAACCCAAUGGGUGCGCUAGGCCUCAACACCGGCUUCCUUGACGCUGUGGCGCUGAGCGACGCGCUCAAGAUGGUUCUCAAAGAGGGCAAACCGGCGGAACGUGUGCUUCAGAUCUAUUCGGACGAGCGGCGCAAGGUUGUGCAGGAAUUUGCAGACCCCACAUCCAUAUACAACAACCUACGCUUGCAUUCCGUCAACAUCCAAACUGCACAUAAGGAUGACUGGUUCUUUCGCUCCCUUCAGGAUUAUUCUUCCGAGGACUUUGGCAGAUACUGGGGGCGCUUUCAGCAUACAUGGCCCACGGGUAUGAGGGCACUGGUCGACAAGAGCGGGUAG